AUGGGAGUCUACCCCGAGGUUCUGGACACAGGAGAGCAGCUGAUUGUCCCUGUGGACGCCUUGGAAGAGGGGAACAAGGGAGCCCUGUGGAAGUUUCUGCUCUCGGGAGCCACAGCUGGGGCAGUGUCUCGCACAGGGACGGCCCCUCUGGACAGAGCCAGGGUAUACAUGCAGGUGUACUCCUCCAAGAGUAACUUCAGGCACCUGGCAAGUGGGCUGCGGAGCCUGAUUCAGGAGGGAGGCAUCCGCUCUCUCUGGCGGGGCAAUGGCAUCAACGUGCUCAAGGUCGCCCCUGAGUAUGCCAUCAAGUUCUCUGUCUUUGAGCAGUUUAAGAAUUUCCUCUGCGACGUGGACAGCUACUUGCCCUUCCAGGAGCGGCUGCUCGCGGGUCCCCUGGCUGUGGCCAUCUCCCAGACGCUCAUCAACCCCAUGGAGGUUCUCAAGACUCGGCUGACCCUUCGCUUCACUGGCCAGUAUAAUGGGCUUCUGGACUGUGCCAGGCAGACCUUAGAACGGGAUGGCACCCGAGCCCUGUACCGAGGCUACCUGCCCAACAUGCUGGGCAUCAUACCCUAUGCUUGCACCGACCUGGCCGUCUAUGAGCUACUCCGGUACUUGUGGCAGAAGUCGGGCAGGGACAUGAAGGACCCCAGUGGCCUCGUCAGCCUGUCAUCUGUAACACUGUCCACAACCUGUGGCCAGAUGGCCAGUUACCCACUGACUUUGGUGCGCACAAGGAUGCAGGCGCAAGACACAGUGGAAGGCUCCAACCCCACCAUGCUGGGAGUCUUCAGGCGGAUACUGAGCCAGCAGGGCUGGCCCGGGCUGUACAGAGGCAUGACGCCCACAUUACUAAAGGUGUUGCCAGCAGGCGGCAUCAGCUACCUGGUGUACGAAGCCAUGAAGAAAACCCUGGGUGUACAAGUCCUGAGCAGAUGACAUGCCCUGAACAGGAAGAGAAUGGAAGACCCAGUGUCCCUGGAUCUCAAAGGGCCCUCUAAGGCUCAAGCGUUAGGCCAUUUUGGUUUGUAAAAACCAUCCAGGACUAGGGUUAGAACGCUGGGAGUCCCUCCUGUGGGAUACAGUCUGAGUUGCGACUCCAGCCUGGUUUUUGCAGGCUUGUCCAACAGA